UUGGCCGCCGCGGCGCUCGGCUAGGCGCGCACGGCUCCAGGCAGCUGCGCCCAGGGGAGGCAGCACCCGCCCGCCUGCCGCGCCCGGGCCCCGGCCGCGCUUGCAGGGCCCCACGGUCGCUCAGCCCGGCUCUGAAGUCGCGGCCCCUGGUCCCGGUCACUUUCCCAGGCGCACGCGGCGGCGGCAGCGCUCCGGGCUCACCAUGGUGGCAGCGCGCGCCGAGUGCCCGCGCGUCGCUGGCCGCCCGAGCCGCAGCGCCGGCUGAGCACAGUCUGCGCGCAAUCCCCAGGCCCCUGCCCGGCCCUUGCCGGGCCCGCGCGUCCCCUCCGGCCGCCGCUGUCUAUGGCGCAGCCCCCCUCCCUGGAUCAUGCACAGAAACUUUCGCAAGUGGAUUUUCUACGUGUUUCUCUGCUUUGGCGUCCUCUACGUGAAGCUCGGAGCGCUGUCAUCCGUGGUGGCCCUGGGAGCCAACAUCAUCUGCAACAAGAUUCCUGGCUUGGCCCCGCGGCAGCGCGCCAUCUGCCAGAGCCGGCCCGAUGCCAUCAUUGUGAUCGGGGAGGGGGCGCAGAUGGGCAUCAACGAGUGCCAGUACCAGUUCCGCUUUGGGCGCUGGAACUGCUCCGCCCUCGGCGAGAGGACUGUCUUCGGGCAAGAGCUCCGAGUAGGGAGCCGUGAGGCCGCCUUCACCUAUGCCAUCACUGCGGCUGGCGUGGCCCAUGCUGUCACCGCCGCCUGCAGCCAGGGCAACCUAAGCAACUGUGGCUGUGACCGCGAGAAGCAGGGCUACUACAACCAGGCCGAGGGCUGGAAGUGGGGUGGCUGCUCUGCCGACGUGCGCUAUGGCAUCGACUUCUCCCGGCGCUUCGUGGAUGCCCGGGAGAUCAAGAAGAAUGCGCGGCGCCUCAUGAACCUGCACAACAACGAGGCCGGCAGGAAGGUUCUUGAGGACCGGAUGCAGCUGGAGUGCAAGUGCCAUGGAGUGUCUGGCUCCUGCACCACCAAGACCUGCUGGACCACGCUGCCCAAGUUCCGCGAGGUGGGCCAUCUGCUCAAGGAGAAGUACAACGCGGCUGUGCAGGUGGAGGUGGUGAGAGCCAGCCGCCUGCGGCAGCCCACCUUCCUGCGCAUCAAGCAGCUGCGCAGCUACCAGAAGCCCAUGGAGACGGACCUGGUGUACAUCGAGAAGUCACCCAACUACUGUGAGGAGGACGCGGCCACGGGCAGCGUGGGCACACAGGGCCGCCUGUGCAACCGCACCUCACCAGGCGCGGAUGGCUGUGACACCAUGUGCUGCGGCCGCGGUUACAACACGCACCAGUACACCAAGGUGUGGCAGUGCAACUGCAAGUUCCACUGGUGCUGCUUCGUCAGGUGCAGCACCUGCAGCGAGCGCACCGAGGUCUUCACCUGUAAGUGAGUGUGGCUGUGGCAGCCACGGGCAGCCACGGGCAGCCACGGGCAGCCACGGCACCCCCUCCACUGGCGGCGUUUUGCACAUCGCUCCAGGCCGGCCCUGCUUGGUGCUGCCAGCCAUGCACAGAGGUGGACGCAGAAGGGCCCCAGCCAGGGCCCACAGCCCCUCCCUGUCCCCCGGGGGCUCCCUCUGGUCACCUCCCAUGGCAGAACAGCAGGGAAUUCAGGACCCAUCGAGAGGGCAAAGCCAAUGGUAAUGGUGCCCCCAACGGGGCCCGGCAAAUUCCUUUUCUUUUCUCUGGGAAAGUGAACCUCCAGGACACUCCUGCAUCUUAGAAUGCAAAGUGAUGACAGGACUCUGAUGGUCCCCUGCCCUGCUUGGUGGCAUGGUCACAGAAUGGCCAUGCCAGCUGGUCACCUGAGACUCUGACCCAGCCUUGUCUCCUGCUUGGCCCUGGGGCAGUGUGGACAGACGCUGACAAGAAUUAUUUAUGUGUUCAUAGUCUCAAAAGAGAAUUCUCAGCACUAACACGUAGCCAGUCCUAUCUGCACUCCGUGUCAGCCCACCCCCUCCACACCCUCUCUGCUUACUCUCCC